CCCAAUUCUAGUCACACAAGCUUCUGUCUCAAGACAGCUCAGAGCCCACAGAGACAAGAAACCACAGAAGAAAGAAAGAAACCUCAACACUCGCAUCUGCAACUCAUAACAACAAUGGCGAUGGCUGAGAUCGAAAACCCUAAUGAGAUGCCCAGGGUCAUCACCUUCCUCUCUUCUUUGCUUCAGAGAGUGGCCGAAUCAAACGAUGUGAACCGGCGUUUGGAGCAGCAGAAGAUCUCGGUCUUCCAUGGCCUCACUCGACCCACCAUUUCAAUACAGAGCUACCUGGAGAGGAUCUCGAAAUACGCAAAUUGCAGCCCUUCUUGCUUCGUUGUUGCUUAUGUUUAUCUGGAUCGGUUUGCACAGAGGCAGCCUUCGUUGCCUAUCAAUUCAUUCAAUGUUCAUCGAUUGCUCAUCACCAGUGUCAUGGUCUCUGCCAAAUUCUUGGAUGACAUGUAUUACAACAAUGCUUACUAUGCAAAAGUUGGAGGGAUAAGCACAACAGAGAUGAACUUCCUUGAGGUGGAUUUCCUGUUUGGUUUGAGCUUCCACUUAAAUGUGACACCCACGACCUUCCACACCUACUGUUCUUUCCUCCAAAGAGAGAUGAUCCUCCUGGAACCUCCUCUAAAUCUAGGGAGAUCUUUAAAGCUCCAUUGUAGCUUCAGUGAAGAUGAAUCCACUCACCAAAAACAACAACUAGCUGUUUAACGGUGUUGGAAUUGAAAAUUUCCCCAAGUUAUUAUAGCUAGAGAUGAGACUCCCUGUUUUUCUCUCUACCCUUUCCUUAUUUUGUCUUUUUGGCCAUUUGUGGGUUGGAAGAUUGAACCCAUGACCAUAUGUACUAAACCCAUCUGUUUUUUUCCUUUUUUUUUUUUUUUGGGUAUUUGGGUUGUGAACUUCAAGCAGUGGUAUAUACAGAUAGGAAUUUCUUCUUUACA